AGAGAGAGACCUUACCCCCAGGAGAUUGACUUUUGCAACCAGUGAGGAGUUUUCCGUGCUCUGCAUAUCUUCCCGGUGACGCUGCGCCCUGUGACGGGUCAGGACGAGCCCUGCAGAGUCUGUGAUGAAAUGCGUAAAAAGGAAAACAGGUACUGAGGCGGCAAGCGCAUUAACAACAGCGGCAGCUCACACUUUCAGUCCCCCGUGGCCCCGCACAUGAGCGAAGUUCAAGGGCGCUCCCACGGUUUCUGACGCCAACAGGUUUGUGCGCUCCGAGCCAAUAGGCGUCAUGUUGGAUAGAUUUGUGCCACAGAGCGCCGGCGUCUCCAGCGCGGACCUCCAGCUCAGACUGGCGGACAACAAGAGCAGCCUGGCCGCAGCAGGGAUGGGGAUGGACAACGGCACCGGGAAGAAACUCAUCGAGAUAACCGGACCGGCUUUGUCCAAAAGAAAACUUCUGGUCGGCUUAGACCUCCUGUGCCUCUUCCUUGCCUCCAUCCCUUUCUUCGCAUGUGAGCUGAAGGCAGUGAGUCCUUACAGAAGGGGCUUUAUGUGCGGGGACCCCAGCAUCACCUAUCCUUAUCUGGACCAAGAGGCCAUAACAGAUGAAUUACUCAUCGCUGGUGGCAUCAUCAUCACGGGCCUCACAAUCGCCCUCGGGGAGUGUUACAGGGUACGCUUCCGAGGUGUCAGCUCCAAGGCCUUCAUCAGGAAUCUGUACGUGUCCUGUCUGUAUAAGGAGCUUGGCUGCUUCCUGUUCGGCUGCUGCGUCGGCCAAUCACUGACCAACAUGGCCAAGCUGAGUGUGGGCCGGCUACGACCCUACUUCCUCUCUGUGUGUGGGGUCACUUAUGCGUCACUCAACUGCACGCCGGGGAGUUAUGUUGCAACAGUGAGAUGCCAACAUCCUGACCACCGGUUAGAGGAAGAGGCGAGGAAGUCCUUCUUCUCGGGCCAUGCUUCCUUUGCCAUGUACACAAUGCUCUAUUUAGCACGGGAGGGAAUGAAACGGGGACCCAUCAUCAGUCCAGUUCGCAGCAGAACGAGGGAGCAUGAAAGAGCAGAGGGAGAAAGAGAGGGACUGAAUGGAGGAAUGGGACAAACAGGGACAGCUCUGUUCUGCUGUGGGAGGAGUGUGACCUCGCCUCCCCGCCUCACUGCUCUCCUCUAUUGUGUGCAAGUGUGUGUGUGUGUGUGUGUGUGUGUGUGUGUGUGUGUGUGUAAGCUCCUGCAUUUAUAUGUGUAUUUGAAACUUUGUGUUCGUGCUUGCAAGUGCCUGCAUACAGUAUGUUUCUGUAGUGCUGUACUAUAAUUAGUAAAGGAAGGACAACAAGAUUGUUAAUCUUCAUUGUCAUCAGAACUGGAGACAUCAGAAGCUGCAUCAGUGCACUGAAUACUUUAUAUCUGGCAAAGUGUAACUCAUGAAUUGGAAGGAGGAAAGGAGAGAUACACACAUUCUCCAUUCUCCCAAAACAUAUUACCUCAUUUGUUAUUUCGAUGUAAUGGUGAAUGGAGGUGUCUAAUAUGCUGGCGUCAGACUUUACUAUGGUGAGUGAACUGUAUUUAUAAAACACUUUCCUAGUCUUGAGGUCCACUCAAAGUGUUUAACACUAUAGUUUUUGAUUCAUACAGUGCAUUUACAGAAUGCGCAGCACUUUCUCAAUCACACACUACUCACACUGCCUUCGGGGGAAAUUUAGGGUUCAGUAUCUUGCCCAUGGACACUUCAGCACACGGAAUAGAGGAGCCAGCCACUGUCCUUAUGGUUAGUGGACAGCCCGCUCUACCUCCUGAGCCACAGCCGCCCGAUACUACUAUGAUUCUGUUAUUUGACUGGGUUGUGACCAGGUGACUGUGAGAGCCAUAGCAUUUGACUCACAUCAUUUUCUUACUCUCCAAACCAUGUUUCUUUACUUUUACCCCUGCCAAGGAGGUCGUGUUUUCAGUCCUGUCCUUUUGUUUGUGGGUUUGUAUGUUUAUCUGUUUGUUUGUGAACAAGAUUAAGCAAAAACUACUGGACAGAUUUCCACGAAACUUGGUGAAGGAUGUGCUAUGGGUCAGGAAAGAACAUUUUGGUGCAGAUCCAGGAUUCUUUUUCAAUUUCUUAAAUAGAUACAGCCUUUUUUAGCAUUUUUGUGAGUUUCUCAAGAAACUGAUUCUUAUGAACUUUAUGAAAAUGUAGGCAUGUGUUGAGUGGGGUGAUCUUUUUUUAGUUCAUGUACUGUAACAAAUAUUCUUUCCAGCCAUAUCAGUCACUGGGUAUUUUAGUGUUUAUGUGAGUAGUUUGCAGAAAAUGUCAUUGUACACAAUAUACAGUAUGUAUCUGAUCUCAAUAUGCAUUAUGGUGAUAAGGUGGCCAAUCAGCUUUGGCAGAGGAAUACUCUCUCCGAGUGCUUUUCUAGUUCAAUACAUUGAACCCACUGCGCUGCUCCAAUCAUGUGACAUACAUCAUGUGACAUACCUCACUCUCCACAACCAUCUAUAAUACACACCCACCUUAUCAGGUGGUCUAUUUAAGCAGACAUUUUCCAUCAUCCC